AUGGCGAACCCAUCCCAAGAAGAUACCGCGAUGGAGACAGCGGCAGACGAAACCAUCAAUAAAUCGAGAACUUUCAAAGGUCAUGAGCAACCUUCCGUCGAGGAACGCCUCUUACAAUGUAGGAACUUCCUCGCCGACGAAGACGUCAAUCGCUGUUUGAACUUCACGUCCAAGCUAGCUCAGAUCGAGGAAUAUCUCCAGUACAUUGAAGCAGAGGGACUGCCGCAUAACAAGUAUCUCUUCGCGGAUGUCAAAGCCAUGGCCGAGACACAAAAAGACUGGAUGAAACGAAUGGAUCAACCACCCCUAGAUAUCGACGGUCCCAACGCAUCCUCCAUCCUAAACUAUUCAACUCGUUUGAUGGACGCUGAAACUGCUACUGGACUCCAAGCGGAAAGAGACGCAGCCGGCUUGGUCACCCAGAUGCGGGAGGAUCAUGCUCCAUUCACGGUUGAAAGAUCGGAUGAUCAAUUUGAGUUCUUGCAGAAAAUGAAACAAGACGCCUGUGCCGAUCCGGAUAUGCCCGAGGGGAAUCCAACAACGAACCUGUUCUUCGUGGAGAACAGAGCGUACAACUGGGCUCUAAGAGAACCGUCGCUUAUUCCAUUCUGGACAAAUUGGAAAAGAGGGCUCCCCAACAAGGGUAUUAAACCAUCAGAACCGCAUCCCUGGUAUCGUGUCAACUCAGGAGCUGGGCAUUCUGCCCUAACACCCAAGAUGCGAGCCCUGAGGAGACAGACUGCCCAGCCUUGGAGCAUGCUUCCGGAUUAUCUCCAGCACAGGGAGGAUGUGAUCAAUCGACUCCUUCGAACCCCGCACGCCGAACUAUCCCCUAAGGAUGACUCCCAACUAGAACAUCUUCUGAUCUUUCAUGCUCCUCCAAACCUGCAGCAACUCCGUGAUGAAUGCGAUUUCCUUGAAAUUACAAGUGAUUUUACGGAGGAACAGCAUAAAAGGUUUUUAGAAAUGAAAGCCACUUUUCGUACAGAGUUCAAUGAAUGGAGGAAGGUCUUUCGAGAUACCGGUGUGCAGAUCAGGCUUCUGAGAACCGCAGCGGAUUCCGAUAUGCCAGGUAUCUUUUAUGUUGAAGAUGCCCAGCCAUCAGCCAGAGACUAUGCUCGAUUGCGAGAAUACGAGCAGCGGGUUAAUUUAUAUCUGGCCUCACAGGAACUGUCGACCGAGGACAGAGAGCAACUCGAUAACGAUCUCGAGGCCUUUGCACCAGUAGACAUACGGAGACUGAGUGAUAUGGCGCAGUUUAUCUCAGCCAGGGCAGGUAAAACUUCAAAGGGAGGCUAUAAAAAUCCGUCUGCCACGCAACGAGAUGAGGUUAGCGAAGUCCAGUUGGAAGCCUUGAAUGCUUCCGACCGACAGGUAUACGAUUUGGUCAGAAGUGAAAGAUCCCGAAGAUUUCGUCUCUGGGUGGAAAGUCUUCUAAAUACUAGAGUCACGCUGAGAUACCUGCGCCCAGGGGAGAUAGCUGCAGAGGAACCAGGCCGUCUCUAUUGUUCUUGGAAUCCGCAUAUUGAACGUCUACCGCAACUACCUCCACUUCAAGUUAGGCAGAUCGAAACAGAGAUCGACAACCUCAUGUACGAGUUUGUCAUCGGCACUAUAAGCCAAAGUAAUUAUACUCGUCUGGACGAAUUACUGGCGUCUAUUAUGUAUCCCCAGCACCUGUCGAUGUGGGGAGCUUACAGAGAAAUGAAAGAAAAAGCCGAUGCCGGUACACUCAAUCUAGCUGAGUCCAAGGAGUUUCGCCGGAUCGGAUUCAAAUACGCUCGUGUAUAUGACGCUUGGAAGAAUUGCCUUUUUGCGAGAGGUUUGAAGAUCCGGAUGCCACGAGAAAGCUCCGAUUCGGAUUUCAAUCCAGGCGUACUGUACUACAGAGGGAACUAUGAUGGCAUAGCAGCACCUGGCUUAUCUCCUGGGGAGAGCCUUAAGCAAUGGGCAAAACGUAUUGAUGCUGCCCGUGGCGGGAUAGCUCAAAGUUUGCAGGGAAACAACACCCUCACGACCGAAGAAAAAGAGAUGUAUGAAAUCGUUGCCCAUCUUCAAUAUCCUCUCCUCAAACGUAUGGACGUCGCGUGGAGAGAUUUGAGUGCCAUGCCAAAUUUAGACCAGGAGACACUACAGGAUUUCAAAGAUAUGUGGGCUUCUGCUUUCAAGAAGUGGCUCCGUCUUAUUCUCAGUCAUGAGGGUCCACUGGAGAUCAGAGAGGCUGAUCCAGAGGACGAAUCACUCGGGGAUCCCGGCAUUGUGUACUAUCGAGGACCUUUCUCGGAACCAGACUCUUUGAAAGUCAUUAAUGAUUCUACUUUGAUCCCAGAAGAUAUUCAGGAAAAGAGGGAUCAGAUUAAAUUGCUACUGGAAAAAUCCCGGAUCAUACCGCUAAGUGAACAGGACCAAGAGGCACUCGAGGUCUUACUACGAAAUUUCUGGAGACCAUCCCGCGAAUAUGCGGAUCACAUAGAACUUGCCAGGGAACAAAAACUGACAGAUGGUGAAAAAGAGCAAGAGAGAGUGAGAGGUGAUGAUUAUUCAAGACGAUUCGCAUUGUUCAUCCAACUGUAUCGGAAAAAUGGCUUCAAGAUUGAAAAGCUUCGGUCCGGUGCCUAUGAGUGUAAUGACCCAACUGCCAAGGAUCCCGACCUAUGGAGAACACAAGGAGCCAAUCGUCGAGGACUCGAUAGUGUCCCGGAAUACUUUCAGAAAUUAUUGAACAAACUCUGGCUCUAUCCAAGACUGUUCUACAGAAAGCUUCAGGAUCUGGAAUCCGAAAUCAAUGAACGUCUCCUCAUUCUGAACCCAGAAAGUCCACCGCCGGAUGAGGAAAUUGCUAGAUUGCUGCAGCUACUGCGCCCCUUUCUGCCUCCACCUCUUGCAGAACUCGAUAGCCAAUUGCAACUGUCGUCACAAAGUGAAGAUCUGUACUCUAAUAUGCCAAAGUGGGACGAGUCAGCAGCCCAGAAAACCUUUGUCGCUCCAUUUGUUCAAUGGCUUCGAAAGCUUCAACAGUAUGCAAAGACUAAGUGGCUAAAGAUACUCGUGUGGGAUUCAACGGAACUGUCGGCUCGAUCUUUUCCUCACAUUGGAGGCAGAUUAUAUUUUCCAAAGCCAGAAGAUGGUGACCACAAUAUGGAUUUGACUGAAGAUCCCGAGGAUGACUUACCUACUCGUUUCAAAAGGUACCAGGUUGAUAUCAACUAUCUUCUCAAGCGGAGACAAGUUAAACCACAAUCCUCAGACCGAACCUCCUUGAGCUGGGAAGAAAACGACAGGCUACGCCAGUUGUUACGAAUCGUGAUGGACCCAACCAUGGCCCAAGUUGAUGAUGAACUUCGUGCUCUGGAUCAGAGGUCUAGAGUUGAGCUCUUACACGGAGAAGAGUUGACGGACUUCCUGAGCAAGUCUGAGACCUGGCACUCAUGGUACAAUGAGUGGAUCGAUUCCUUUUCGCACGAUGGAAUCAAGCUGAAAAUUAUGAAGGAAGUAACCCAACGACGUAGCCACGAAUCAGGCAUUAAAUUCAUUUGGCCCGAACAUGAACAGGUUUUACUUCCACGAGGCCAUAUCAGAACGAUACCACUUCAUGUGAGGCUACUAAAUCAAGAGUUCAAUAUUGCUCUCCGCGCCCGUAAACUGACAGACGAAGAGCAAAAUGCCCUCUACAUGAAAUUUUUACCCCUGAUCACAGCGACCUAUCAGCAUGAGUUAGAGAGAUUUGGCGCAUUCUAUCUUCAUCGUCUCGGAUCCGGACCUGCCCAUCAGGACGAGGAGAUGGCCAUCAUAGUCCAGUGUAUGGUAAUCCUCGCUCUCAAAAUCAUGUGGGAACGUCUGAAAGAGGCAGCAACCGGAGGAACGGGCGCUUCCAUCCAGAUCUUUGAACCUGUGCGCGGCGAGCUUAGGAUCAGAUUAGUAUCAGCAGAGUCUGUCGAUGCUAUGGAAAAUAAGGCAGGAACGUCUCGAGCUAAGCCUCCUCUGCCCAUGGUUUUUGUGUUCAGUCUUCCACAAUUCAACCAGGCAAAAAACGAAUAUCUCAAGCUUUCAGCAAAGGCUCGAAGGGGUGCACACCUUACAGUACGGGAACGUGCAGAGCUCCUACGACUCUUGAAGCCAGUCCCAAAAGAGGAACAGCAGAAACAGAUGAAAGAAGCAGUCAAAUUGGUACGGAAGGUUUUCGAGGGGAAGGAGCUAGCUGCCGAGGAAUCGAGAAAUGCGAAGGAGAUCAUGUCAAGAAUUCUAUGGCAGCAAUUUGGCAAAGUCUCGGCCAAUGUGGCGGAGCGGGUAUUCCCAGAAUUACGACCUCUGCGGUCCGUUCAAAACUUACUGAGUCCAACUGUGCCGGGUACAGUCCAAACGAAUCCAGCUCUUGAAGCAGAGCCAACAGAAGCUGAAAUCAGAGAACUGGGUAUCGAAAUCAACACCCUUUUACGCAGAACUCGGAACAGGACAAUAACGGACCAGGAAGGCCGAAUACUGGAUUACAUUCUACAUCCCCUGAUUACUGACCGCCUACGAGUGUUGGAUGAGCAGAUUAUAGAUUGUAGCUCGACACGGAGACGCCCUGGCCGCGUAGUCGUCGGCUCUCAUCCAGAUGGGGUCUUGAACGCCAGACAAGGUCUUUUAUGUGUCGAGCUACAGAACCAGUGGCAGAAAGAAUUUCAAAAAUGGAAAGCCGCGCUUACCAGGUCCGGAGUAGUGAUUGAUAAAUGGUUCUAUGAGCCAGAUGCUAUAUCGAACGUCGUAGCUCGCUUUCGAGAGUUGAAGGAAGCAGUCAAGCGCGAGCCAGCACUCUUACGCAGCACCAACUCGGGAUUGAACGUGCCCCACAGACAGAUUCUGCAAGACGUCUUCUCAUCCCUCAAAAGAUUGAUGUUGGGACAUCUGCCAACCCACCUGGCAAAGUUACGGGAUACCUUAUUUGAUCGCCGAAGGAUCUUGAAUGCUCAAAAAGAGCUGCUGAGUUUAAGCGAGAGUGUGUCCCUGAAUUUGUUAGAGCACGAGUUCAUUGAUAGGUACAUGGCCUGGUAUAAUUCUGUCAUGAGGAAUACAAUAAGGAAAGUGGCUGCUGGGACCAAGGUAGAUUUUAGUGGCAAGGCUGAGAGGCGAGGUGUUCAACGAGCAACUGUUGAGCUGGCCCUGAACCUGUUGUCGACCAAUUACGAACAACAUCGGCCCCGUGAUAAAUUCAGGAGGGUCCAGCUGCCCCCCCAAUACCAACCACCUGAGCCAGAGGUACCAUUAUGUUUACCACUCGAGCCUUGGAAACGACCGGUUGAACAGGACCCCUUCAAACUCACAAAACUGCUGCUCAGGUAUCGGAAGUGGAAGGAUGAUGAUUAUCACAAGGCGCGAGGCCGUGCCAUUGACACGGCUGCAGGUCAUCUGGAACCACCGAUCAAUUAUAACGGGCCGUAUACUUUGCCUACCGAACAGGAUUUCUUCAACCGAGUCAAGGAGAGACGGGACCACCUGGCUCAGAUCCAAGCUUCUUUGAUUCAUGUUGGAACGAUUGCACCUAGGCCGCUCAUCCAUCGGCUAACUACUCUCAUCAAUGAAGCAUUACUCCUUUCGCCAAAUGACAGGUCUCAUCCCUUGUUCGAAAAUGAAGGGGAAGACAAGCCACUGGAGACAAGAGAGCUAGAAUUUCUGAGCGGGCUAUGUGCACCUUCUUGGAGCGAAGAGUGGGUACCCUUUCCAAAAGAUUCCAUAUCAUGGGUAGGAAGCGAUGAGACAGAGAAGGCAAAAUUGUUUGAAUUCGAGAGAGAUAUUAAUCUUAUUAUGCACGAGAUACCUCUCUGGACCCGAGAGGUUCCCUUAGAACCGCGGUCGCUUGAUCCAAAUUCUUACGAAUUUUACAUCCAGUGUCUGUACGACCGUGGCGUGGGCACCUCCACGGGCUGUGACUAUAAGACUCUGCUUCGGGACAAAAUCAAUCCCAAUCGUGAGCAGAGAUCACAGGGUCUCUUUCCGGUGCAUAUGUGGACAGAGGAAGAAGCUCUCCAAUUUUUGAGGGCAAUGAGCAGUGUUGAUCACAUUUAUUUCGACACCGAGGCCGGGAAAGUUGCGAGGAUCCCGCCUAGUGGACAUCCUGAGAAUAGAUAUGCGGUAAGCCUCGAGCAGCCCAUUCCCCCCUAUAUCGAAUACAAUCAGCAAGCAAAACAACAUCAAGUACGAUAUAACGCCGAGGGGGAGGUUGGCCAGCCUAUUCUCCAACCAAAUCUAUACGAGUAUUUGCAAAGGAUUGCUUACAGACUGGGCCGCGAAAUUCGACGACUCCAUAGCCAGAUUAGUGGCGCUAGCACCGAAACCCAGAGGCUCGAUGAUCAAGGCAUCUUGCUUAGAUUGACUCGUGACUUCAUGGAUGAGAUUGUUACAGAUGAGCACGGCAUUCGUCUCCCGUAUCGAACUGAAGGCCAACCUCCUGAUGGAAAGGAAGUCUCUAUCAGGAAGAUAGCACGCGACUUACACCGGAUCGCUCCUGAUCUUAUGGAAGAAGCGCAGGUGAAUCUGGAUGGCGACGCGGUAAACGAGAGCGAGAGAGAUCCGGGGACGCUGAUCCAAAUGCAACUAAUUCAGGAGUCGAACAAUAAUUGGGAGCCACGCUUCCCCGAGAAUGAACAUGUGUGGGAAUUUGCCGCUCCACGCCUUGCUCCUGUUGCUCGAACAAAAGAUGGCAGACUAUUCCGGAACAGAACCGUCCAGUACUUUAGCAUGCGUCGAUGGCCACUAUGGUGCCAACGUGAAGAGACGCGGGCAAAGAUAGAAUCUUCUGGAGCUGUUGUAAAAGAAAAGCCAGCCGCCCCGGCUUCUUCUCAACAAAGAGAGGGAUCGGAGGUGCAUACGGAGACAGCAGCGGGUCCCAAGAGAGAACAACAUCGUGGCCGUGGUCGUCCACCGAUGUUCCCAUUUGGAGAGACCCCUUACCAGCAGGCAUUUCAGAGCUGGAGAAUGGAAGGAGAUUUGAAGGAUGUCGAAGAACUCAACCCCAAGCCAUCCAAAAGAAGCUGGUUCUCCCUCAGGAGAAGGGUGAGCGAACCGCCUGUAGAUCGCUAUGCGCUCCCCCAAAUCCCUGCCGGCUGGCAACCGGACAAUGUCUCACUGGAGGAGAAACGGAGGGACGUCGCCGAACGGGUGAGGCACUCAGAUGGGUUCCCUCAAGGACUCGAGCAUUACUACAAUCAGGAGGAAAUCGCUGUCAUGCGCGCCCAAGAAGCCAAGACGCGAAACGAGAAACUGCAAGCUGAGGCCAGGGCACUGGUUGAAGCGCGUGAACGGAGGCCCUACAACGAACUGACCAGAGUGCAGAUCCGAGCAGCGCAGAUAGCACUCGGGAUCGAUCCCCUGACUGAAAUCCUCAGACCACAACCGCCUACUCCUUCAUCUGGCACGACAAGAGAUGUGGAACCUAGUGGCUUUGGCGCGGGGAGGGCAAGACGGCCAGCCGCAACGCCAACAAUUCCUACAGUAAACCUGCCAGACACACCUCCAUCUACUCUGGCAGGGAGUGUCAGGCCCCAAGAACGGCAGAAGAGAAAGUCUCCAGAACAGUUGUCGUCUCCGAGGCAGAAACGCGCCAACGUGGCGGAAGAUGAGAUAGAAGAAGAGGGCCAUAUGGGACCUUAA